GAAGGGAAGAUUAGACAGAGAGAUAGAGAACGCGGAAGGAGAAGUUGGCUGGCUGGGAGGGAGAAAGAGGAGAGAGGACGACGAAAGGGAGAAGGCGAAAGCACCGAAAAGGAAAAGAAAAUGGUGGAAAGAGGCGAGACGAGCUCGACGGGAGGGAGCGAUGGAACGCAGGAUCCAUUCCCAUCUGCCAAGAAGAUCACCAAAAGACCCAAAUAUUCUAGGUUCACCCAGCAGGAACUUCCCGCUUGCAAACCGAUUUUGACUCCCGGUUGGGUCAUUACGGCUCUUAUUCUCGUCGGUGUGAUCUUCAUCCCCAUUGGCCUCGCCUCCUUGUUUGCCUCUCAAAGAGUUGUAGAAAUUGUGGAUCGAUACGACGAAGAUUGCAUUCCUCCAAGUUUCAAGGACAGAGCUCUCGGCUUCAUUCAAGAUGAUAAUACUGAUAAGACUUGCAUUAGGAAGCUAACCGUCCCAAAGCUAAUGAAAAGUCCCAUUUACGUCUACUAUCAGCUGUCUAACUUCUAUCAGAAUCAUCGCCGAUAUGUCAAGAGUAGGAGCGAUAAACAAUUGCGAAGCAGGAAAGAUGAGUCGAAGACAACCAAUUGUGAGCCCGAAGCAUUUGCGGGAGACAAACAGCCAAUCGUUCCUUGUGGCCUCAUCGCAUGGAGCUUGUUCAACGACACUUACAAGUUUUCGGUGACCAAUCAGCCGCUAGCCGUCAACAAGAGGAACAUAGCAUGGGACAGCGACCGAGAGCAUAAGUUCGGAUCCGACGUCUACCCGAAGAAUUUCCAAAACGGACGUCUAAUCGGCGGUGCAAAACUCAAUUCAAGCAUCCCUUUGAAUGAACAGGAGGACCUGAUCGUGUGGAUGCGCACGGCGGCGCUGCCCACUUUCAGAAAACUGUAUGGGAGGAUAGAGGUCGAUCUCGAAGCAGGUAAGGAGAUCACGGUCAUGAUACAGAAUAACUACAACACCUACGAUUUCGGGGGCAAGAAGCACUUGGUGCUAUCGACCACCAGUUGGCUGGGUGGGAAGAAUGACUUCCUGGGAGCGGCCUAUCUGGCUGUUGGAGGGAUUUGCUUGUUCUUGGCAGUAGCCUUCAUACUUGUCUAUGUGCUCAAGCCAAGGCCUCUUGGAGAUCCAUCUUACCUAUCUUGGAAUAGGAAUCCACUAGGACACCUGAACUAGUGCCUAAGUUUAUGUUCUGAAGGAAUACAUGCCAUGUAUGGUACUUUGGUUUCGUGACAUUUAAUACUCUACUAUUCAGCUGAGUCAUUGUAAAGGAGACCAUGUUUUGUAGCGUACUAAAACUCGGGAUGAAUCCAUUCUCACUUCUAUUAUGAGUUUGUAUCCAUCUCUCAUUGCGAACGUAUGUAUAAAUGUAUGUGUUCGCGUGUGACCCCGCAAAACAGAUAGGCAAAUUUACCA